UCACUUGCUGGUCCCAAUGUUUUGGAGGCAUUUGCAUUCUUAAGAUUCCAGCCACCCAUGCGUUUCACCCCCAAGUAAAGCAUCACAAUAGACCCUGUGGGUCAAACACACACUACAUGCACGUACUCCGGCGCACACACACAAAACGCACCAUCUCCACUUUACUAUACAACAGCUGUGUUUUUGUGUAUACCCCACGCUUUCUAUUCUAUAUGCACUCAACACACACAGCCACACAUUGAUACUCCAUAUUAUGUACACACGGAUUGCUCGCUCUCCCCGAGAGUAAAUGGAUUCUACAACGCCAAUUUCACCUGGUUUGUGCUAGCUAGCUAUCAAGGCCUCCGCACAUGUAUUUGGAGUCAUCCUUUUUACUUUGUACCUCCCACUCUUUUACCAGUACGUCGUCGCACACAACUGCUAUAGGCUUCCGUGCAUGCUUUGCCAGACUCGUUAGAUUUCAAACCAACAUUUCUACAUCAGCAUCUCAGUCCAACUGAUUUUGCAGCAAAUUUUGUCUCUUUAUUCAGGAUUUAUUUGUAUAAUUUGGAUAUAUCCCUUCAAAAGGCCUCAGAGCGGUGUUUCUGUAUACAAAGAUCAAUCCUGGUAGCAAGGCGUCGAGAGCACAGCUUCAUGUUGGUGACAUUGUAGAGACAGUGAAUGGUGUCAGGACAGGGGACCUACCUGUUUCUCAAGCACAGAAACUAUUACAUAACAAUUCAAAUGAUCUACAACUCAGAAUACACAGAAGUCAGUCAUCAGUGAACGGAUCGUAUCAUCCGAAUGGGAAGAUGUCUUCUCAGUCCAGUCUCAUCGUCACCAACGACUCGGGGUUCUCUGGAACAGGUUCACCAACAUCCCCUCCUAUGAGUCCAACCAAUGGGUUUCAAAUGAGUCCAUCAAAGCAAAAAGGAUGGGUUCUUACUGACAUGACGACGGGCUUUCUGCCCAAGUCACGUGGUGCUGCCCUCUUUGAACGAAGAAAGAAGAUGCAAGAAGAACGUGAACAAGGAGGUAUAUGGCCGCCCUCCGAAGGUGGGGUGUCGGUUGACCGAGUUCCUGAUCAGAUGGCCCCGCCUCCGCCCCCGCUGAGGAAGGAUGAAGGCAUUGCUCCUGUCUGGACACCGGGUGGUGGCCCAUCGGUCAAGAAAGAAUUCAAGCCGGUCAAACUAGACCUCACCAACAGGCCUAAGAUCAGCUCUGUCAAUCCACCGACCUACUCAUCACCUGCUGCUCAUACAUGGAGCCCUUCCAAUCAGGGGGUUACCUCCCCUCACCCAAUCACCCCUCAAUCCAACCAACCGCAGUACACACAACCCAUGGCUGUAGACACCCUCCCAGACCCCUCCCACAUACUCUCCCCUGGGUAUGUUUCACCCCGCUCCCCAAGCCAACAACCCCACCCCCCUCCACCACCUCAGUUUGCUGGGGAGGGGCCUGCCUCUCCCCGCCCUCCAGUCUCAAGAGCUGUGCCUGUGAGCCCCGCUGGGGCAGUGCCUUAUCAACCAGGGGGGCCAGUGCCGGUUGAAGGAAUGUCCAAUGGGUAUGGCUUCUUACCAGCCAGUGCUGUGUUGUCUGGAUCACCAGGUGCUAUUCAAUCAGAUUUGUUGACAUGGGGUCAACAGCCAGGCCCCGCCCUGUCUACGUCGACCAAUGGCAAUUCCACGAUCAUCCUUGAUCCAUCAAACCUUCCUCCCGGUGCACUGUUCCAGAAACAGACAAUAGAGGGCGAUGUUGUGCACACCGAUACUUUCUACCCAGUACAAGGUGUGACAAGAAAAACAUCCACUGUGGUGAAACAUGAAGCACCAAACUACGAGGGUAUCGGCCCAAGGGACAAAGAUGGAUUACCACUAGGUCUGAGACAGCAUGUAAAAGAAGACAACAGACACGACUGGUACAAGGAAAUGUUCAAGUCUAUUCAUAAACAAGACAGAGAUGAAGAUGAUAGUGAUGAUAUUUCAAUCUCACAGAAUGUAGAAGAUGACAGCUCUGAUAGCGUGUUUAUGAGUGAGAGUGAUGUAAUGCAUGCACCUGCCAAAGAUGACUGGAAGAAAGAAGAUCCUAGGAAUACUGAACCAGAGACAGUGGUUAAGAACACACCUUCAUAUCGUGUACAGCCGGGUAGAAUACAGAACUUUGUACCAGGAAAGUCAGCCCUAGCAGCUCAUGAGAAAAGUGUCCAAGCAAAGAAAGAUGGUCUACUUUAUUAUGAAGGAGGCCGGCGUGGAUCUGCUCCUGGCUCAGGCUCGGGCUAUGCUUCUGAUGAUGAAGCUAGGAAGGGCUAUCAUACCUUCGUCAAAUCUGGUGAGCUGCCCAAUACAUCUGGUUUCGGCUUCGGUGCUCCAAAGGCUCGUAGAGAGACCAAGACAUCCACAGCAGGCCCAAUUCAGCCUUCAUUACAACCUCCAUCAAACCAACAACCUCCUACAACAACAUCUUCACUAUCCUCUCCGUCGCCCUCGUUGUCCCCCGCCUUGCACGGCGCCCCGCCUCCCAUCACGGGAGGGGGGUUUGCCGACGGGGUGGUUCUGAGGACAGGGUUGACACGGAGCGCCUCCCUCUCACGGACGACGGGGUUGCCGAAGAGGAGGCAGCGGUAUAGCGAGGGAAGCGGGCUGACUGCUGCUCAGAGACUUGGGAUAAAGACCCCGCCCCCAGCAAGAUUAUCAGCAUCUUCUAACACCAAGCCUGUAGUGCAAGACAGCCGGUAUGAUUACAUGAAUCAACUCCCAUCAGCUGAUGUUAGGCAGAUCAGUGAGAAGAAACCACGUCAAGUCCGAGAGCCAGACGCCUCCUACAACAAAAGCCUUCCUGAGUACCUUCCUAUCAAGUCCCCAUCCAUCUCAGACGAUCGUUUCGAUGAUUUUGAUUUCUCACCGCCCGUCACUGUCACAGCAACCAAACAGGAGGUACUUCCCAAAGUUGAACGUACUCCCUCUCUAGAAUACAAGCUGACGAGGGCCAGUGCCAUAGCUGUAUACCCCUUCACGGCACAAAGCAAAAAAGAGCUGAGUUUCAAGAAGGGUGAUACCAUUUACCUGACGAGGGAGAUCGAUAAGAACUGGGUGGAGGGAGAGCAUCACGGCAAUAAAGGCAUCUUCCCAAGGACAUAUGUAGAGAUUGUAACCAGUAUUGAAGAAGCAAGGAAUCUGCAAGUCAACGCACCAAGCGCAGAAGGAAAAGGCAGAGCUAAGUACAGAUUCAAAGGAGAAACAGCCAAUGAGCUUUCAGUCAAUAAGGGUGAGAUUGUGGAUCUGGUGAGGAAGAUAGAUAAUAACUGGUGGGAGGUUCGUCAUGGCAACAAGGCUGGCAUUGUACCGGUGGCUUAUCUGGAUGUACUAAGGGAGCCACAGCAAGGGUUGUCAUCACCCCAGCCAAAGUCUCCUGCCAGCUCCGGUGGUGGGCGUGGCCCUCUGAGCCCCAACCAGGCACCCCGGUCUCCCUCCAUCCAGGCACACCGGUCCCCAUCAACCCAGGCACCCCGGUCCCCCUCCACCCAGGCACCCCGAUCCCCUUCAGCACCGGCAGAUAAUCUCUACCAACCCAGUAGUCCUUACCAGUCAGAUACGCCUACACUUGGUAGACAGCAACCCUCCCACCAGAACAGGGCGGGGCAAGGAUCGAGGAGUGGUGGUGGUGGUGGUCAGAGGGGGAUGCAACCAACAGGUGGCAGACCUGCUCAGAAUGCUGGCUUCCAUCAAAAACGUCCCGAUGGUGAAAGAUUCCGUGCAGUGUACAGCUACCAGCCUAGCAACGAUGAUGAGCUAGAGAUCAUGGAAGGAGAAACGGUGGUUGUCAUGGAGAAAUGUGAUGAUGGUUGGUAUGUGGGAUUCUCAGAAGCAACAGGACGAUUCGGUACCUUCCCUGGGAACUACGUGCAGAGACUAUAACAUGUCACAAAGAAAGAGCUCAACAUCCUAGCAACCAUGAGACAAACAAGAUGAUGAAACAAGAUUACAAGAUGGAAGCCUUACCAACCACUGUGAAAGCAUCAUCAUUAGAUUGGUAGUCCAUCAUUAUUUAUUCAUCGAGGCACAUGGGCACCUUUCCAGUAUCUAAAUUGAAACUACAUGAUUGGGCAGAUGAGACAAGAAAUGAAACAAGUAUUAACCCUUUGCUUGUGGGAACCUGGUGGUCCCUGUGUUAAGCCUAUGGGACCUGUAAAAUUCAGUAGUCAAGGGGUUAAGCCAUGACUCAACUACACUGUGUGUCUGAUUCUUACAUGUAUGUACCAUGCAUGCAUUGUUCCAUACACACCACUAUGCUGUCCAUACUGUGUGUAUUGUCAUGCCGUGUUUUAAUCUACAGAUAGAUGAGACAAGAAAUGAAACAUGACUCAACUACAUUGUUUGUCUGAUUCUUACAUGUAUGUACCAUGCCUUCAUACACCACUAUGCUGUCCAUACUGUGUGUAUUGUCAUGCUGUGUUUUAAUCUACGGAUGGAUAGGGUAACUGAAAAUGUACAAUGUACAUUUAGGUCCAUUUUAUUAAACUUAUUGCCAAUACCAAGUUGCAACUCCUGUUUAAUACAAGCUACUGCAAUUGUUGCACUUAAUUGGCUGUGAGCAAAAUUUGUUACAGGAAUGUGAUACUUGUUAUUGAUAAAAAGUUGUAUAAAUUAGGGCCCUAUUGGACAUGGGUGUUAAGUUAUCAGACAAUAAUUUCAUGAAUAGAUUCACAUUGAUAUUUUGUACAAUUACGUACAGAUUUUAUUCUCAGCUUGUGGCAUGUGUUUCUUUCAAUGAUUAUUCUUAGAUCACUUGCAAUGAAUUUCAAGAUAAAAACUAAACCAGGAAGGUGCAUAUUGUCUUUCUUAUAAUGCAAACAUUAAAAACGAGUUUGAUGUAUGCUGUAAAAUGGAACAUGGAAUUUAAAAGAUAAGAGAAUUGAAGCAAAAAAGUUAUCAGUUUUCUCAAAGCAACCAUGGAUGUUAUUGUGGUAUGAAGGGUUAACUAAUGGUGAUCUAGGGAUGGUUUCAAAGAUACUAAGUGGAUGAAAAUUGAUAUAAUGUGGAAUUAACUCUGAAAUGUUUGAUAAAAUGGAUGCUAAACUAGUAAAAGUACUAGGUAUGUCUUGAAAAGAAUGGCAGAUAAUGUGGAUGGUGGUGUUAAGAACUUUUUUACAAGAAUUUUCAAAUAAUAUAAAAAGAACAUUGAAUAAAAAGAGAAAAACUAUUUUUUUUUGUGAAACUGCAUGAUUGUGAAAUAUACAAGGGUGAGCAUUUUAUCUCAUUUCUAAAGCUUUGUAAUCUUAGAAUCUUGUGUUUUUAGAAAUCUCAUAGCUUUAACAUGUGUGAACGAUGAUUUACAGAAUAAGUUAUAUAAUUAUUUAGAUUUUCUUCUUCUGUAUAUUGUAUAUUUAUUUCAGAAGUUGAUUUGUAACAAAUAGCAUAUAUCAGGAUGUAAUGAUCACAACAUUUGCAUCAGACACUCAAUAUGCUAUUAUUCUAGGAUAUUAUUUCUUCUUUUUCUCAUUUUUUAUUUACUUUAUUGUGCAUGUUAUAUAUAUAAAGCAGUCAGAUUCAUAUGUUUAUAUUUCAUCCAGUGUAAAUUUGGUCUGUGUUGCUCUGUUAUGUCAAGUAACUUCUUAUUGUCCCUUGAAUACUACACUACUUGUGUGGAGUUUGAAAAUGUUCUAUUUUAUUGAGUUAAAUGUUACAUGGCAUUCUGGAUUCAUUAUUCCCAAGUUUUUAAUUCAAUGGAGAGAAAAAAUAGCCAAAGGUGAUAAAAAGGCAGUAGAAAAGACCAUAGAUGUAGAAUUAAAGAUUUGAAGAAGAUAUAACCAGAGAGUAGAUUAUACGAGUGUACAUUUGUACAUUUGAAGUCCAAAAUAUACAUUAAAAUGAAAGCAACCGAAACCCUCUGAUAUUUUUUUUCUCUUCAUUAAGAUUACAAGAUUGAUCACAUAAAAAUUGCGAAAGAUAAGGUUCACAAAUUCAUAAAAUCAAAACCUAUAGUGUAUGUGCCUUUGUGGUACUUUCUGCAUAAGCCUUGUGAUGCUUAUUCACAAUAUAUAGUAAGUACUGUUUUAGUUUAAUUCAGUACUACUUUACUAUAUCAUAGUCUUGUAGUUCUAUCUAAAAAGAAAAAAACAUUUCGAAAUCUCAUGUUGUUAAAACAAAUUUUGCAGUACUCAAAUCCAUAUUCAUGUCCACACUAUUCUAGUGAAAAUCAUGAGCAAGAAAUGUACUUCUUUCCUUAAUAUUUUUUCUGUUUAAAUUUUAAAUAUUAGCACUGCCAAUAUUAAAUGGUUGUUACUUUGAUUCUUGGGUUAUAAUCAUGAACAUAGAUAUUUUGGAAUUUGAACCUUUUAAAUCAUGUAAAGUUUAUACCAAAAUCAAAUCACUGCAGAAAAUGUUUGCAAUUAAAAUAACAUCAUUUUAAACUAUGCAAUGAGGUAUCAUUAAAUUGCCAUUUAAGAAUAAAGUAUUAAUUCUUGAUUUAGAUUAGUAAUACAUUAUGUGUGUCUACAACCCCCCAUGACGAUUAUCAAUUUGACUGCAUGUUUUUAUGUUUUCUACGCAUGUCUUGAUGAUGUAUUAAAUUGUUCUUGGAAUCCGUCAGGCAUAAUGGUGAUUGGUUUGUUACUCAGCUCACUGCAGCAAUGGAAGCAUGAAGAAAUAAUCAGGAUCUUGUCUUCAUUUUCUGCUUUAAAAUCAAAACUACUUGAUCGUUAAUACUGUUCAUGCUAUAUGAUCACCUGCUGAUAUCAAACAUAGUCUAUGAAGACAUUAUUUUGUUCAAAAUCAAAUUGGAAUAAUUGACUUUUUAUUGAAAAUGACUUGACAGAGUUGAAGGCUCUAGGUUUUUGCAAUUUUACCAUCGUCUUUCUAUGAAAUUAAAUUGUAAGUAAUGCCCUGUUGUAAAAGAAUUCUUUAAACAUCUGUAGAUGCACAUGUAUUACCUUAGUAUUUUGGAAAAUCAUACAGUCGGUGUAGGUUACUAAGGAGCUGUGUUACCAUUGCUAUUGAUUUGUGAUGUACAACCCCUUUCUGUACAUCGAGAUGAAAGAUGAAAGAAAUUGUAUAAACUUAUAUUAAAUGCUUUCUUGGGUGCAUUAUUUCUGUAUCAUUUGACUGCACAUUAUCCAGUAAAGAAGGGCUGUAUACCCAUGAAAGUUGGGCUAUGGGAAUGCACCUUUUCUGCUAAGCAGUAAACAAAUGGUUUGUGAAUGGAAAUCUGAUUGCGUAGACAAGCAUUACUGGUAUAUGGUUAUACUGCUUUGCUGUGAGAAGAGGCUGUCUAACUACAAUACAAAGAAGAUCGGCAAUGUGCAUGUGCUCCUGUUAAUGAAACCAGUAAACCAUGUUGUGAGGGAUUCCACAUCCAUGUUUUGUAGAGGCCCAUCCUCACUGCCCGUUACAUGUACUAUGCCUGCAGUCACAGUGGUGUGGAUGUAUUUUUAGCACCCCUCGAUACUCUGUAUAGAUGUGUGUUGUCUCCAUAUUUAAUUGUAUUCUAUUGUGAUGUGAUCAAAAUUUAAUUUAUUCAAAAACAAUGUACUAGUAUGUCUAUAUGAGUGACUGCCUACAAUGUACUAGUAUGUCUAUGUGAGUGACUGCCUACAAUGUACUAGUCUGUCUAUGUGAGUGACUGCCUUGUAAUUUCAUAAAAUUGUUCGAGAGAAUGAGAUCAAGAUGUUUUGCUUGAAUGUUUUUAGAGUACUAUGUAUUAUAUUUCAUAUAUAGAGUUUUAUCAUAGAGGAAGAAAAUAUGGAAGAAAUGAGAUUCAGUCAUAGAUUUACUUUGCAACCAGUAGUUAGUCACUAUUUUUAAUUUUUUGCUUUUUACAUAAAGAUUUGUCUGCAUAUUGCAUGAUGGUACAUGUACAAUAUCUGUGAGUGUAUUUUUCUUGCAAAAAAAUGAACGAUAUUUAUAGAAUGUGUCUUUUAAUGUUACCGAUGUACUGAUCCCCUCAUUGCAUGGUGUUUUUGAUUAACCAAAAUUUGCAUAAAAAUAUAUAAAAAAGAAAAGUGAAAUAUAUAUUUUGAUGAAACUAUUACUGGAAGAUGUUUGCUAAUUCAAGAUAUUCUUAAGUGCCUUUGUGGGAGAUCAUUCUGAUGUGACAGAUAGUGGUAUAGGGUCAUUAUAAAUAUCAACUAUAUGUAUUUUUGGAUAUCCAUUUCUUAAAUCUACUACUUUCACCCAGAUUAUUUGCUCUUUUCCAAGCAGUCACUCAUUCAGAAAUAUCUCGGAGGGCUAUUAAGAUGAAAUAAUAAAGCUUUUUAACAUUACCCCACGCUUUUGAGAUAAAUGAAUGUAAGGAAAGCCAGGCAUCGCUAAUAGGACUGCCUUUUUUCUCUCCAUGAUUUGAUAUGUAUACUUAGGAAAAUAAAGACCCCCAUCAGAAACGAUAUCCUUUGCUGAGAAGGGUAUUGAAAUAAUUAAAAAUUAACCAACUGACUGUCACUAUCAAGACCUGUAUUACUGUGACAUUUCAACUGCCAAGCUUUUAGAAAUAGAAAAAUUAGCAAACUAAUUUGAAUGUAAAUACCUCAUCUGAUAAUGAAUAGUUUUAUUUUUCUUCUAGAGUGAUAAAGAUAAUGUAUUUAACAUGUGCCAGUCUGAAAGUCUUUGAAGCCCAUUUUCUGCUGAAGGCAUUUACAUUCAGUGUGAAUAUCUCACCAGAUAAUGACUCAUUUUAUUUUUUUCUUGUUGAGUGAAAAUGACUGAUACUGGCACAUGUUUUCAUCGGGUGUGUUCACACUUGUGAUAUAUUCUUUUAUUUAAUUAAUUAAAUGUGAACAGCCUGUAAAUGAUGAUGCAUUAUGAAAUAUUACUUUAUACACAGUUUGGUAUCACUUCUCAUUCAUUCAAGCUGAAGUGUUAUUUUGUAUUUAUUUUUUAAAUAAUUAUAGUUUGAUAUACAUAGCUAUGUGUCCUACAAGUACAUCACGAUGCUACCAUGUGUUUAAGAUAUAGGAAUUUCAUAACUCUGUCAGUUUGUUGCCAUUUUAUUUUUCAUUUUUCUCCUUUAUUUUGCCCACUAUUUUACAAAAAGAUUUAUGAGUAUAUUUCUAUACCACCUCUUGAAUGUUAUGGUGUACAGAGUUGAAGUUGAUGUAAUGGGGACUUUCCCACGGUUACAAACUUGUUGUGAACCUUGCACAAAUUGUGCACAACCCCAUUAAACAGUGCUUUGUUACAUUACAAAGGGGCUGUGCCUGGCACUGGAGUGAGAAAGAUAUUUAGCAUGCACCAGUUGGAAUAUUUAUGAAGUCCUGUUUAUGCUUUAGACGUUUUGUUUCCUUUUUGUAUAAAUACAUUUCUCGAUAUCUCAACAUCUAUCUUUGGAUUUAAUAAAUAGAGUAUUAAAUAUUUUCACUUUUUAUACUUCAGUUCAAGAUAAGGCCAGUACAAAUUGACCUUGGUGGUUUUGUCAAUAAUGCAAGCGACUGAUAUGGGUGGCAGCUUAAAUUUAAUUUUCAUUAUAUAUGGAGUCUAUGGUGCACAUUAACAUAUGAUUUACUUCCCUGGGAAAACAAAUUGUUAUAAGAAAACAUCUCUUGCAAUACCAUCUGGGAGCACUGUUUGCAUUGCCCCUUAUUGAGCUGACAUUUUAAUAAUUGUUCGGUCUAUUUCAGAGGAUAUGUCAAAUCUGUGCUAUAAUGUUGCACUUAAUAAUUACAGAAUGUGAAAUUGCAAGUGACCGUGUGACAGGCUUAUGACAAAUGUGUAAAAAUGUGUUGCCAUGGUUAUAUGAUAUACAUUAUUACUAACAUAAAUUCUCAACUGUGGUAUAAGAAUACCUGCAUGAAUUUUUAAAUGAAUGCUUGUGAAAUAAUUGUAGUGUUUUUUGUAAUAAAUGGUAGAUUUUUUUUUUGCUAGUAAAAAUGGCACAAGAAGUUUUGGAGUCACAAAACCUUUAAGGUUUCUAAGGAAGGUUUCUUUGACUUUGUCAAUUUAUUUAUGUUUUGUCUUGUGCUCUGCAAACUUGCAAUAAAACCCUGACUAGAACACAGUUUGGA